CUACUCCGGAGUACAGGGGCUUUGGAUUCCGAAUAUCAGCCGUAAUGAAAAGGCACCGUUCGUUUCUCUCAACCGGCCAUUAUAUGAGGCUGGACCACAAAUCCUUUCAGGAGCUCCAGCUGAGCCUUUUGUACUAUCACUCUGGCCAAUGAUAGGUCUCAAUUACUCGCACACUGGAGUCAGAUCCCUGAUAACCUAUCUGACCAGGCCACCAUAGUCUUGAGCCGGAAGAGAUGGCACUAUGGCGUUCGCUUCGGAACAUACCUCAAGCCUGCAUACAGGCCAGUUUAUCUACCGGUCUUUAUAUUUGGGAGACCACGCAUUAGGGGAUCUUAACCUGAUCUCUUGAUUUCCCCAAGGGCACCGGACGAUAAGCGACUCACGGUCGCUUGCUGAGCCUCUGGGUGGCUCCCGGUCAUGACGGCAUCUGGGAAGCCCCUUGUGGUCACUGACGAGAGUCACCAUGCCGGCAUUGUCAUUGUUGUUGGGACUUUGGCCCUGAUAAUGACAUUGAUCUGCUUGGCUAUCCGUGUGUAUGUCAGAACAAUACUGAGCCCGGGGUUUGGACGAGAUGACUACCUAUUAUUUGUUGCUACGUCUUUCGCCAUUAUUCAGACCUCACUCGUCAUGUCAAACUCUGCCAAAGGGUUCGGGACAUCUAUAAGCCUUCUUUCUUCAGAUCAGGUCGUGAACGUUCAGCGGACGAUGGCUACUACAGAUACUUUGUUCUUGAUUACCGCGUUCCUGUCCAAGUGCUGUGUGCUUGGGAUGCUCUCGCGGCUAACUCCCCAGCGCAUUCACCAUUUCAUUCUUUACGCGAUACUUGGCUUGAGUAUCUGUUGGGUUCUCUCUUCAGUCCUGAUCAUCCUUGUCAACUGCGAAUUGAACAAACCAUGGGCAAGACCCAUAGACCACUGCACUGGUUUGUUCCAAAAAUGGGAAUACAUCGGUGCAACGGACAGCAUCAUUGAGCUCAUGCUCUUCCUAUUCUCGAUCCUCCUAGUCAAAAGCCUGCAAAUGCCAACAUCUCGAAAAAUUAUCGUCCUCUCUUCUUUCGCCGUUCGUUUACCUCUCAUUAUAUUCACCUCUCUACAUCUAUACCAUCUCAAGAACUAUGCCUACUCCACGAACCCAACCCUAGACAUCAUCGACAGCUACGUCUGGACCCAAAUGGGCAUGAACUACUCCCUCAUCGUAUGCACCUCCUUCUGCCUCGCCCCCUUCAUGCGCGCCAUCAGCGUCACCUACGGCAACGCAGGCGAAGUCACCCUCGGCACCAGCAGCGCUAGAUCUAAGUCAGGCAAAUACGCCCGGGAUGUAUCGAAACAACAAUCACAGAGCUACGCCUUGCAGUCGAUGGAUAAUCAGGAUGAGGCAGGCCACGGCUUGAACAACCCACGACGCUCGCAGCCGACCUUCGUGCCGGAGCAAUCGGCUGGCAUUUUCAACGCUACUGUGUCCGAUGGAUGUAGUCGAAGAACGGAUGGGGAUAGCGUGGCUAGUUCGGAGAGCACGAAGAUGAUUAUUAAGAAAGAUGUCGAGGUCACUAUUACUCAUGAGCCGAGAUAGUAGUUAUAUAAAAGUUCUUUUUCUUUUGUUGGGGUGGUGGUGGUCGUAAGUCGUAGACAUACAUUCGAUUUCUGGUCUACUUUCUACUGGG